AAAAAGUCCGCGGGGAAGUUCCCUAGGAAAUCCCCCGUCUGUUCGGGGGAUAUUAUUCUUGAUGAGCCAAAGCUCCGACACAAUUGACCUCCUCUGUACAUUUCACAGAGACACACGGACAGGAGCAGAGGCGUCAAAUGCUGGAUUAUUAAAAAAAAAAAAAUCCUUGUGUUUAAUCUACAGACAGAAAAAAAACAACAACAAUGGAUAACGUCAGCUUAAACACGGAUAACGACGCGCUCAAAGACAAAAUCCGGAGUUACAGCACGUUGAAUUCAAUGUAUCAUGAGACGCGACAGGAAAUCGACCUUUUGAACAAACAGAUUUAUGUCAAGGACAAUAUCAUUGCUGAUUUAAAAGCGAGGCUGGGGAGAUAUGAGAGGAUCUACAUGACGGUGGGAGAUAACGAGUCUGUGGUCAUCGGGCCGUCCAAGUCUUUGCUGGAGAGCUUGUGUAAAGAAAUAUGCAAGCUGAAACAGAAGAGGAAUGACAUGGAGUUUAAUGCAUCUCGACAAACAGAGGAGAUCCAGAGGCUGAACGUGCAGCUCAGAGAGAAGGAACUGGAGCUGGAGAACGUCAGGUGUCAGCCAGACCACGAGAAGGACCAGGAGAUCCAGAGGCUGAGGUCCGCCCUGGAGGAGAGGGAGCGUUCUGAGGCCACCAGAGCCGUACUGUGCACGUCCCUGGCGGAGGAGGCUGACCAGCUGCGCAGCCAGCUUGGUGCAACGGUGAAGGUGUGCCAGGAGCUGCUGGCCAGGAUGGAGAAAGAGAAGAAGGGGGGAGAAGAAGUGGAGGUCGCGGCUCAGCUGCAAAACUCUAAGGAGAUAUCAGAGUCCUCUGAUAUGAACACCCAAAUCCGUCAACUUCAGGAGGAGAAUCAACAGUUAAAGCAGCGAGUGACAUAUGUACAAGGUCUGAACUCUCAGUGGCAAAAGUAUGACUCUAGCAGGGAGGACUAUAUCAGAGGUUUAUGUCAGAGGCUGAAGGAGACCUCUGGGCAGGGCUUGAUGCCAGGACUGGGCUCUGUAAGCACUGGGUUGCUUCAUCAUGAAAUUUCCAGGCUCAAUGGCUUACUUGAGGAAAAAAUAAGCGAGUGUGAACGGCUGGAUAGAGAAGUGGACAAAGUAAGGAGGCGAGACCAGGAGCGAAUCCAGACUCUGGAGCAGCAGGUACUCAUCUACACAGAGGAUUUUAAGUCCGAGCGUGCCGACAGAGAGCGAGCACAAGGCCAGAUCGAAGACCUAAAAGAGCAGGUUUAUCAGUUAAAACGGCAGCUACACAAACAGGGAGCAAGCAGAGAGAGCAGAGAAGUGGUUCCCAUGUGUCGCGUUCACAUAGGACACAGGAUCUCCUCAAGGCGACAUAAGGACUCAUCAGAGCCUCUAUUGAGGAACAAUGCUGAGAUGCAGCAACAGCCUGCAGCUGCAGCAGCCACGACAUCGGCUCCUGCCUGGAACGACCGCCCAGGGAUGUCAGAGCUACAGUGCCCGAGGUGCCUCGCUACGUUCAACGACGUAGACAUCGCAGAGUACCUGAACCAUUGUGAGGAGUGUGCCAAACUAUAAAUGGAACAACACUCAUUUGGAAAAGACAGUAAUCUCUCGCUGACAGUAACUGAACACUGAAGAGCAGCACUACACGGCAGAAAAACAACCUGAGUGGAGUUUCCAAUACGGAGAGACUUUGACAACAAAUGAAACGACUGACUUAAGAUGUUUGGACAUAGUGAAGCAACUCAAAGUUCCCCUGUUGCAAGAGAAAUGAGUUCAUCAGCCUUUUGUACAUCUAUAGUUAAAAAAAAAAAAAAAAAAAAUCCAGUGUCUGGUUUUUAGUGUACUCCUGUGGCAUCGCAGGAGGUUAUUGUGGUGGGGAAGUGGAUGUCAAUGCAAUAUAUCUAAUAUCAUAUACCUCAAUGUGUCAAAUUACAAACCUAUUGCACUUUCUUGCCAAAAAUUAAUCGUAGGAACGUACGAUUAAGAGAUUCAUGACGCAUAAGCUUCUUUUUUUUUUUUGGAUCUAGACAUCUAGUUGACAAUGUGGUGCUAUUAACUGUCUAUUUUUUUGAUUGAACUUUACAUAUUUCUAUAAUGUAAAUUAUAUAUUCUUAACAGAUUUAAAAUAUAACUAUUUUAAUAUUUAUUCUCUUUGCAUAAGUAAUUGGAAAAGGCAAUAUUUUAUUGCGUUUUUUCCAUUAAAGCCAUGAAUUUUUUUUUUUUUCCUAAACAUUUUGGGAUCAAAUGUUAAAUACAUUGCAACUGGAAAAAUGUUUGAGAUCCACUUUUUUUUUUUGUAUUUAAAGAUUGCAUCCCAACUGACAAUAUGCUUAUUUUUUUUGGAGAUGUGGUGCUGUUUUUCUUGAGCUGGCACAUUAUUUUUGUAAUAAAAAGACUCUUUACCCACA